CAGAGACUGAUGAGACUCUUCCAGCGCAACUGCCCCCUCUUUUACUCUUUACCCCAAAAGCAGGACAACCGACAAAGCAGCAGCAAGAAGAAGGAGGUAUCGGAGUGGGUAGCGCACCCGGAGAGGUAUUGUACCUGGAGUGGAUAAUCAGCAGUAUUCCACCUUGGCGGGCCCUCAGUUUGUUUGGUUGCGGACGGAGAGAGUUUGGUGCUCAGAGCGGGGUUCAUUAUUUGCCCUCGACUUGGGUAACCCGUGUCCCAGACGUCCCACUGACCUUUCCCUAGCAAGCUUAAGCUCAGCCACCCGUGGGAUCAAGAUAAGACCACCAUUAUCCACUGCCGUGUUGUCUAUAUGGAUGUUGUGGAAUUCGAUCAACCAAUCAAGUUUUCAUCAGAGGAGCAAUCAGACUUGUUCAGCACUGCCACUGCCAGCACGUGCACUGCCGUCAACACCAGUACCGAUACCCAUCAACAACCCUCACAGGCAGAACUACUCUUAUUAUCUCAAGAAACAUCAUCCAGUUCCUUUGUCGAAUCGGAAUGGGAUCCAAUCGAGUUUGAUCUUUUGAAAUCAAGCAAUCCAAAGUGGAAGAGCGCGAGGAACACGCAACAACAACAGCUCAAGAAGAAAAGUCCCAAACGCAUUCAGGACAUUCGCUUAGCCCGGUUGGACAGUGGGGAAAGCAGCAGCAGCCAUAGUAGUCCUAAUAGUGCGGCUGCUUCCGACGACUUUUGGCCUUACGACGACGCACCGGGGAGCCCCUGUGCUCUGUUUGGCAAGAAUACCAGUAGUCCAGCCGACGGAUUCAAAGGGGAAUUCAGCAGUUAUUUCCCAGAGUGGGAAGAUAGUAAUUCUACAACCAUGGAGGAACCACACAACUCUACUAGUAGAAGACAGAGGAGCAGCCGAGAAAAAUCAUCACGGGAUGCAUCCUCCAGUGAUAAGAGGAGAAGAGAAAGGCGGAAACAGCAACAACAAGAGCAACCACAACAUGACGAGGAAGAAGAGGGAGACGGUGAUGAUCAGUCAGUUGGCAGCUAUGAACUAGACGCAAGCGAAAGUGCAAGCGAGGGAGAAGAAGUGGAAGAGGACGAAGAGGGGGAAUUCAGUGAUGAAAGUGAAAGAAGCAUCACACAGUCUUCCAAUUAUGACGAUGACAAUUUAAUGGUCACCCCGGCCGUGGGAAAGGUGCGGGAAUCAAGGAAAAAGCCACCCACCCUGAAGCGAGGAGCCCAUGGGGUUGCGACUCCCUCAGUCGUCAAAGCAAUGAAAGAUAAGCAAGCGUUCACAUCAGAUGAUGAAGGUGACAACGCUGGCAUUGAUUUUGAUGCCGAAUUCGACUCGGACAUGGAGAGUGUGGGAUCUGGACAAUCCUCUCGAUCAAAGAGCAGCAGAGAUAAUGGAUCCAGGUCAAAACGAGACGGAAGAUUAGAAGCGGCAAAUGCAUCGUUUCGGCGGUCCUCCGUGAGUAAGAGGAAAGAAAAGUUCGCUUUCGACCGAUCCAUGAGCUCGGCCGAUUUGAAAGCUGCGAGAAAAGCCAACAAUAGCUUCAAAGGUCAUGCUGACAUGAACAAAUCCUUCAGCGCCAUGGACAACAAACGAAGAAUGAACCGAACCAAGAGUCGGAGUGAAGGGAGGAUGCAACAAUCGUUUAGUGGUUCGUCGUCUGGAAGGAAAAGCUCGUCAUCACAGAGAGAAAAGUCACCUCCUCCUGCGGAAAGUAGAUCUAGUAGAAAAUCUCUCCCCACUCGCGCCAAAAGCAUGGGGCAUCCUGCUGGGGGAGGAAGCAAGCUCAAGUCGGCCUUGGCAAAGUUCUCGGGAGCUGCCGAUGAACCAACUAGCAACACGAACGCAACAGGGAAGAAAUCGUCGACCCUGUCGGCAUUAAAGGCGUUGUCGGGUGGAGAUGGACCUGCUGCUGGCUCUGGCGGAGACAAUGAGACGGAUUUAAAGAAUGCAAUCAUGCGGCAAGUUUACCAGAGCUCGUCGGGCUUGAAACCUAUCGAGCUGAAGAGGAAACCAAAGCCAAAGAUUACAAAGACAACGAGUCUCACAGGAACCACUUUAACGAGGGCUGCUGCUGCCAGUGGCGAGAUAUUUCCAUCGAAGGAAAGUUCUUCCAAAUCGAGUGCUCCCACUCAGAGAGUAAGGAGAUCCAAAACAUCCAGUGAACGAAACUUGUCUUCCAUUUCCGACUUCAAUGCCUCGUAUCACGAGAAUAUCGCCAAAAUGCGAAAACAGAAAAUGGUGGAUGCCAGUGAACGGUCCGCAAUUUCGCAAGGCUCGAGCAAAUCGGAGCCCAAGGAACAGGAACAACCCACGAAAGAAAAAGAACGACCACAUAACCUCGACCGGCGUGUGAAGAGCUUUUCUCAUUCUCGAUCAGGAGCUUCCAUGUCUGCUUCUGCUCGAGACGACGACGACAAUUCGUCGGGGCCUAGUCCCGGCGGUAGCAAACAAAGGGUUCGAGGAGGGAGCUCAAAGCGAGACGUUGACAAUGAAGACUCGUCGAGUCGAAGGAAUCUGUCCAAGUCCGGGUCAAGUCGACGACUGCAACAACAAAAGGACCGAGUUUACGACGCCAGCUUCCAACCUCCAACUGGCACGAAUGUGAUUGCUCUGCUCCGAGAUCAGGAACCGGUGACAGACAACGAGUUGAUGCAGAAAGGAAACCGACAAUUGUUUCACGCCCUCAUGUACAAGACGAGAAUGGGCAUUGAUAUGGAACGGUUACAACGGAAGGUGAAUGGAGAAGAGGACAGUGAGGAUGAAAAGGACGACAACAAGCACCAAACCGAAUAUGAUGACGAAGAGGACUAUGCAACCGAAUCUGGCGAGGAAUAGAUAGAACCAAGCACUGUUUUUUGAAGAUUCCUCCCCGCAGCGCCCGACUGGCAGCUGGUUCGACGACGGAAUGCAAAUAAAUGGUCGCAAGACCAUGAUGGCCCGGUGAAACAUCUCCAGGGUCAGACACCACAGAACUGAACAGAUGGGAGUCCUGAAGAAUGGUUGAAGUUCCGUUACGAUACAGUGUUGCGGGGCCCGCUUCAUGGCACUGCCUGACACUGUCACGAUAAGUUUUCACGUACUUGGGUUGUGUCAGUCCAGGUCGCUUGUGUUCUCGUUUGCGGGACAUAUUCUGCUUUGGACUCGGCUCUGUGACGGUGGGCGGAAAAGUAGCAUUGCUGUUUGACUAAUACUGUAGAAUAGAAGAAAGAAGAAGUGGAAACUGCUGCUGUAAUGUAGCUGUGCCAUCGUGGUUGUUGACAUGAAAGGAAAAGUAACACUGCGUUGGUAGGACCCCCCACUGUUCUGUGGCCGCGUCUUCCUGGUGAUACCACACUCAAGUACUAGUACGGUACAUGUACGGUAGGUUAACCAAUAUUGAAACGAAGUCAGAUGGACAUUCUGUACACCUCUAGCUAGCU